UACACAAUGUAGGUGUAGCAGGGAUCUAAAUAAACUGGACAGUAAACACGUAAAUUACACUACGGUAUGAGCCUGCAUAUCGCCAUAGAUUGGAGUCGCGUGCACAGGUCGUCGUGUUAAUUUUGAAUUUCGAACAUUAUUCUUUUUCGUAUUUGCAUUAAGUUUUUUUUUCAUUUACGCAAAUAUUUACGGACAGUGAUAACGUGGUGAUUUUAUAAUAUAUUUGGAGUUUUGAUACUGGCUGUUGACGAAUGAUUUCCUAACAUGACGCUAUCGAACAGCCGCCAGCAGUUCCUAGCGUACGAGACCCAUGGGGCUGAGGACAUACAAUAUGGCAGGAGAGGUGGCUUCUUCGUUUCCAACUGUAUUUGCGCCGCCUUCAUCGUUGUUGCUGUGCUGGCCGCGGUGAUAGUCGGAGUUAUAACACAUUUCAUCACUUAUACUAAGCUGUCCCAAAAACCUGUAGAUUUCUGGGACGAGACUGAACCUUUUGGACAGACCGGACCACCGUCCCCCGAUCUCAGGCUACCGACAACAAUAGUGCCAAGUUUCUACCGCCUUAAGAUAAAAGCCGACCUAGAAAACGCAAACUUCAGCGGGGAUGUAUACAUCACGCUACGUGCUAGCAGACACGUCAAAGAAAUCAUUCUACAUGCAAAGAAUCUCAGUAUUAAUAGUAAUGCUAAGCUUACAGAACAAAUUUAUGAAAGGGUCGAGACGUUACACGCUAGGAGUAAACGUGACGUCAAUGACACGGCUGAAGUUACAACUGUUUCCAACGUAACGGAUGUAACGACUGAAACUAGUAUGAAUACCACUGAAGCUAACGUAAAUGCGACAGAAGCUAAUGAAAACACGACAGAAACUGCUGCAAGUGCAACUACGGAAGAUCCUUCUACGACAAAAGCCAUUGCUAAUGCAACAGAAGGAGUAGCGGUUGACACGCAAAUAACCCAUAGCAGCGUUCGCAGUAUAAAGAUUAUUGGAAUAUCAGAAGGUACAGGAGAUAGACUCAUCCUAGUCCUUGAAACUGCUUUGACUCCUGAUGUGGACUACACGCUUCAAAUCUCUUUUGAAGGGUCCAUCUCCAACUCUUUGACUGGGUUUUACAGGAGUUCCUAUACUUCGAGCAACGGUGAUGUAAAACAGCUAGGUGUAACUCAGUUCGAGCCGACGUUCGCCCGAAGCGCGUUCCCGUGCUUCGACGAGCCCGCGUUCAAGGCCAAGUUCGAGAUCAGCGUCGCGCACCGCACCAACCUCACCGUGCUCUCCAACAUGAGGCCGGCUGCGCAGGAGCCUAUCAAAGACGAACCAGGCUGGCAGUGGACACAUUUCGAACGCUCAGUGGCGAUGUCCACCUACCUAGUCGCGUACGUCCUGUCAGACUUCAAAUACUUGGAGACCAGCUACUUGAGCAAAGACAACCUCACCAAACCCAUCAAGAUAUGGACCAGGCCGGAGUUCAUUAACAAAGCCAAGUACGCGUUGGCCAUCACUCCGAAGCUCCUGGAUUAUUAUGAGGAUGUGUUUGGACUGCCUUAUGCUUUGGACAAGUUGGAUUUGAUCGCGAUACCUGACUUCUCCAGCGGUGCUAUGGAGAAUUGGGGGCUGAUUACUUUCAGGGAGACAACGCUGCUGUUCGACGAGGUGGACAGCGUGCCGCGCGACAAACAGAACGUGGCCAUCGACAUCGCCCACGAACUCGCCCACCAGUGGUUCGGCAACAUGGUCACCAUGAGGUGGUGGACCGAUCUGUGGCUCAACGAAGGGUUCGCUACCUACAUCGAGUAUGUUGGAGUUGACCAUAUCGAACCAGAAUGGAACAUGCUAGAAUCAUUCUCGCGCGACAAGAUGGACCUCCUCCGAAUGGAUUCGUUGAAGAACACGUCCCCUGUCUCCCGGCAGGUGUCGGACGCGUACGAGAUCUCGCAGAAGUUCGACGAGAUCUCGUACACGAAGGGAGCCAAUUUGAUCAGGAUGCUCAACCAUACUGUAUCAGAAGAACUGUUCCAUAAAGGACUUGUUAUAUACUUGAAUGACUGGAAAUACUCGAAUGCGGAAGAGAACGACUUAUGGACGGCGAUGUCGAAAGCGGUACAGACAGACGGAGCGCUGGCGGGACAGUCCGUGGUCGAGUUCAUGAACAGCUGGACUCGCCAGCCAGGGUACCCCGUGGUCUAUGUUAACAGGAAUUAUGAGACUGGCGUGGUGGAAAUCGAGCAGAGACUAUUCACUACAGCGCAAGACCCGUACCAGCGCAUGGUGGACCAGCUGUGGCACAUCCCCAUCAGCUACACAAGUGUGGAUGCGCCCUUAGACACCUGGUCAACGAGACCCAAGACCUGGCUCAAGGACAGAGUGGCGGUGUUCCACGCGGAGGUCAACUCGACAGAGGCUAUUUAUAUUAAUGUCGAUGCUGUUGGUUACUACCGAGUGAACUACGACCAGAAGAAUUGGCUUCUUCUAUCCACCGCCCUGAAAUCUGGCCGAGUUAAGUCGCCAAUCACGAAAGCGCAACUUAUCGAUGACGCGUUCAACUUAGCUAAGACUUCGCAACUUAACUACAGCUGUGCCCUCAGCCUCACCACUUGUGUGAUUAACGGCGAAGAGUCCAAGCUAGUUUGGGACCUGCUGCUUAAUAACAUGGCGUUUUUGAGACAUAACUUAAGGUCCAUGUCUGGAUUCCUUUAUUUCCAGGAUUACAUGAAAAUUAUCCUGAAAACUCAACUGAAGCGCGUGAACUACGGCCUCGAUAAACCCAAGGAUGAUAAUGAAGCGUUCCUCAUCGAGAACCUCGUGAUGUGGGAGUGCUACGUGGAGUCGCCGCGCUGCCUCGCGUGGGCGCGGGAGCAGUUCGACAACUGGACCAAGCAGGACGACUUCAAUAAUAACCCAAUUCCAAGCUACCUCCGUUCGCUAGUGUACAACAUGGCGCUGAAGCACGGCGGGCGGCGAGAGUUCGAGUUCCUGUGGAACGUGUUCGUCAACUCCACCGACCCCAACGUGAAGAGCCUCAUCAUCACCAACCUGCCCAGCACUAGGGAUGAGGCACUCAUCACCAUGUUACUAGAGAAGAGUCUGACAGAGAUUCCGAAGCAAUACGCUGUAGCAGCGUGGGGGGUCGAGCCUCCACUAGGGUCCCGGAUAGCGCAGGACUUCCUUAUAAAGAACUUUGACCGAGUGUACGACAAGUUCACGCAGAUGGACCCGUUCGUGUUCCCCUCUGUCUUGAAUGGGGCGUUUGGAUUCAUCACUACCACUGAAGGCCUUGAUAAGUUAAAAUCGUUCAUGCAAGCACACAAAGAUAAAUUGAUCCCGAUGGCCCAAACACUACAAAAGGUGGUGGACACGGCGCAUCUCAGGAUCGAGUGGGUACAGAAACACGCCAAAGGAAUCGUGCAGUGGUUCGAGGACUAUGUUAAAGGUAACUUACCAGAACAACAGCACGACGGAGGCAAUACAACUGUCCCUAUACCAUAUCUGAACUCUACUACAGCAGUUAUCGCCUCUGGGAAUGACGUCACAACCGCGAGUGACAUUACAACACCCAUGAGUGACGUCACACAAUCUGCGAGUGACGUCACCACACUUAGUAGUGAUCUCCCACCUACAAACACGAGUAGUACAAUUGUAGAAACUACGACUAGUCCAACUCGAUAAUCGCGUGUAGUUUUAAAUUUAUAUCGAUAUGCAGCUGAAUAAGGCAUCGGUGUCAAUAAUCGAUAGUCGAUAUAUAAUUUGUCGACAACUACAUUAUGAGAUUAUAUGUCGUUGUUUGAUGGAAAUAGCAUAAUCUUACACGCAUAAUAGCCAUUUACCGCUGUAUACCAUGAAUAUCACAAGGUUGAGAAUUUUUUUGCGAUUAAAUUGGCGCUUCAGCGUAUUCUAGUUUUCGUAAGUAUGAAUUUAAUUACCUAGCCAUCCUAUUUGGAUAUGCGAAUAGCAAAUAGUAAAUAUAUAAAAAAUCAAACCAAAAUGAAAAAAGCCAACUUUUCCUCUAAUUUUAGUGACAACUAAGUAAUCUGAACAUUUUUGAAGCGCCGACUUAGUUGGGAAAGAAUAUUAUGGACUUCAAAAUAUCGAUAAUAAAAAUCGUUUUUAUUGAUAUAUCGAUGUUAGGUUGAAGUUUACACAAUGUCUACAAAAUAAAAGCGCUAAAGGGCUGUGUCGCAUCACAAAUAAUUUAAUUUAUUGUAUGAUUGAAAGUUGACAAAUAGCUUUUAAUAAAAAAAAAAAAAAUAAACAGGUAAAAAAUCCUAGACUUAAAUUUUCUUAUUCCUUUUUCAUUUCGACUCUAUCUUUAUCUAUCGAUUUAUUGUCAACCCAUAAUGACUCUUAUGAAGCUAACUAUAAAAAACCUAAUACUGACGCCCUCGCUAUGAUUGUCUUUUGUGAAGUGUAAGACAUAGACAAAACAUUGGCAAUUCCAUAAACAACCAAACCUAAGAACAUAGUUGCGUUAUUUUUUUUUUUAUUGUAGCUUAUUCCGAGCUUUCUUUAACUCUAUCCAAUCCUAAGGUGAUGCUCACUAGUUUAUUUUAUUAUGUUCUGGUAUUCGGUGUUAUGGAGCCAAUUCCGUUCCAACACUCACUUCACAGGGAAUCUUAGUGAGGGAUCUGGACCUACAUUACUUACGUGACCUUGGUUAUAUCAAUUAAAGAGGCUUUUCAACAUCACUAAAGAAUAUUUGAUAAUUUAUAUUCCCAUAAUUAUUUCUUACUUUUUAUAGUAAAUCUCAUUUUGCAAUAUAAGAAGCGGAACUACACAAUUACACUAUUUUCAUAUAAAAUUGAGGAUUAAAACGCAUUCGUAUUUUGUAGAAGGAAAUUCGUUCAAUAUUUUUUACAAUAGCCUAGAUUUUCCUGAGAGCAGCUGAAAUAAAAUAAUUAAAUGUAUUUUUGCCAAUUUUAAAUCUAUUCUUAUAGCUAAUUAUAUUGUAAAUUAUUAAUUAAAUAAGUUCAUGUAUGAGAGAAGUUCGCAUUUUUCGAGCAACCCUAUGAUUCCAAUGUUAAGUUUUGAAACACUCUUGAUCAAAUUCUCACGCUAUUGUUUCAAAUUACAUCUAAUGACGGGAGGUAAGAUGAAUAGCGGUGAUAUUUGACUUUAAACGCACAGGGCCGUAACAAGGAAGUGUUGCGGGGACCAAUUAUAUAAAAUGGAUAUUCUCGAUAUAAUAACGAUUUUAGUAUACCAAAGCGAAUAUUUCACAAUUUUUUUAACGAGAUAUUGAUCUUUAUUAGUACUUAUUAGUUAUGAUAAAUUAGAAGUAUUUAAAAGUAGUUAAUAUUGUAAAAUUUGUUUGUAAACAUGUUUUAGUAUAAGUAAUUUGAUAAGAAUUUAAUAAAAUAAAUCAAAAUCUCGAAUAUACAAUAAUAUUUCCUAAUCUAUUUAUUGCAUUAAUGGUGUACCUAAGCAAUUAUUUAAUGAAAUAUAUUGUGUACUAUAUUUCUUUUUGUUUUCUCGCAUUAUCUUUGUUAUUUUUUCGAUUCGUUAUUGCUUUUCUAUGCGUGCUUACGUUUGACUUAAAUAAAGGAAUCUACAAUA